UGAUGGUGAUGGUGAUGGUUUAAUAAUUUUAUAUUGGUGUUUACCUAUUUUUUGUGCCCUUGGAAUUGUCCAAACUUUUCCCCCCUGUUUUGGGUUAAGGCCGAAGACGCUUUUAUUCUGAAAGACUCUGGACCGGAAGUCGUGUUGUUGUUGCUGCCGCUGGAUCACAGGCGAAUCCGAAAAUCAAUUAAGUUAUGAAAAAUACCAUUAAUUGCCUUUCUUUGUCACCGCGGCUCAUGAAGAAAUGGCGGAUCUCCAGACGUUGUACGUUUGAGGAAAAACACUUGACGUCUGAUGGCGUGUGUGCCGACGAUACGACCCAGCUCAACCCGCCGCAGUAUUUACGUUUUCUGGAAAUACUGAAUAACGUCUUCCGGACAGCAGAUAAGAAUGAGCUGAUGGUUGUGGAAGUCUGCGAGAAGACGCUACAAAAAAGAGUGAGGCUGACUGGAAGAUGCCAAGAAAAAAACAGCAGAAUCCACAGCCAGUCAAGUUGGAUUCUGAAGAUGGUGUAGCCAUUGAAGCUCCAGGAAACCUCACUUUAGACACGGACUUCCUUCUAGGACAAGACCUUGAGUUUGGUGAUCCUGAUCAUGACAGCAAGAUUCUAGGCCUGGAAAAGUUCUCAGAAGUAGCUGCUGAGAUUGGUUUCUCUGUGUAUCCUCUGGGUGAUGAGGAGAGCCCUACCUACAGCCACCUCAGCAUGGAAAGUGAAACAGACAACUCGCACGGCACCACUGACAACGGCAGGGAAGACGAGGGCAGAGCGGCCCAAUCCGAGCCCAGUUUUCCUCCCUACCUGUCAUGCAGGGGCUGUGGACAGCUCCGCGAUGAACCUCUGGGACCUGGCAUAGACCUAGUUGGCCCAUACUGCCUUAGGUGCUGCAAAGCCUCCAGGGAAGCCAAAAGCACAGACUUCUGUUCGGCUUUCGGAAGCAUCAGCGGGAUCCGCUCAGGCUCCCAUUUGCAGCUCGACGGCGAGGGGUUGGGAAACGGGAUGGUGGACAAAGCACUGUCCGCUGAGGACAAAUUGCCCAAACUGCACUCGUGUCACCUCUGCGGCUUCUCCUCCCGUUACGCCAACCACGUGAAGCGUCACAUGAAGACGCACAACGGGGAGAAGCCCUUCAACUGCCCCUUGUGCACUUACGCCUCAGCCCAGCUGGUGAACCUGCAGAGACACCUGCGUAUCCACACUGGGGAAAAACCUUUCAAAUGCGACAGCUGCUCUUUUGCCUGCAGUUCUCUCGGCAACCUCAAGAGGCACCAGCGCAUGCAUGUGCCCUCUGCAGGGGCGGUGCAGGAGGCCCCGCCACGACCUACCAGUGGUCAGAUCAGCCUGAAGAGGCAUGUGACCGGGCAAAGACCCAACGAGGAAGUGUCUGGUGCUCCAGCCAAGGUUUCAGAAGUUGCAAGGCCGACUUCCAACCUGAAUUUGGGAGCACAGAACAAUGACUACCUAUCAGCCUUCAAUGGUUUAAAGGGGGCAUCUCCACCACCCAUACCAGCCUCUAACCCAGCCCCUGGCCACCAGCCCCCUCCCCUGCUGGAGACCACAGGUGGUGGUGGUGGCGGUGGCAGUGGCGGUGGCAGCAGGGCAACCAGAGGUGGCGUAGGAGACGGUCCCGCCCUCCCCCCUUCACUUUUUCCUUACACUUGCCGGUUGUGUGGCAUCGUCCUGGAGGACGAGGAUGGCACCUCGGCCCAGAUUUGUGCCAAGUGUACCCUCGAAAUGCUGACUAAAGACUCGUCAUCGUCUCCCAACAGCCCCGGCGAGCGCAGCGACAAGGUGUACACCUGCGCCGCCUGCCCUUUCCUCACCCACUACCCCAACCACUUGGCGCGCCACAUGAAAACUCACAGCGGCGAGAAACCGUACAAGUGCCCACAGUGCGACUACGCGUCAGCGCACUUCGACAACCUCAAGCGUCACCACAGGGUGCACACGGGCGAGAAACCUUACAAGUGCCAUUUGUGCGAUUACGCCUGCGGGAACCUGGCCAACCUGAAGCGCCACCAGCGGGUGCACUCGGGCGCCAAGCCCUUCCAGUGCGCCGUGUGCAGCUACAGCUGCAACCAGAGCAUGAACCUGAAGCGGCACAUGCUUCGGCACACCGGGGAGAAGCCGUACAAGUGCCAGGAGUGCGGCUACACCACCGGGCACUGGGACAAUUACAAGAGGCAUCAGAAGAAACACGGCCUGGCCACGGACGGCUGGGUCAAAGUUCCGAUGACCGGCAACGACGAAGAGGAAGAAGUGAGGAAAGGGAUGGGAGCCGGCGGUCAAAGUCACAGAAAAGAAACGGGGGUCGAUAUGCAGUAUAUGUCCAGGGAGGGAGGUCAGACAAUACACUCGUGCUACAAACUUGGCAACGACGAAGAAGAGGAAGCGAGGAAAGGGAUGGGAGUCAGCGGUCAAAGUCACAGAAAAGAAACGGGGGUUGAUAUGCAGUAUAUGUCCAGGGAGGGAGGUCAGACAAUACACUCAUGCUACAAACUUGAGAUUGUAUAAAAUAUAACUCAGCAAAACUAAGCUACCAGCAACUUGUUCUUUUUGUCGUCGUCGUUGUUUUUCACAGAGCCUUUAUAUCGUUCUAGUGUGUAUCUGUCUUUUAGUGUUUCGUCAGAUGUCUUCAGAGGCUGCUAAUUGUUUAUUUGUAGAAUCUGCACAAUUAUGAAAAACAGUUGUUGGGAAUAUUUUGGAUUAGGUGAAGUGAAUAAGUCUGUUCAGAGUUUAUCUUCCGCUCUGUAUCUGUGUCAAGACGAAAGGACCUGUAUGUUAAACCACACUGAUCCGAACAUCGCCCUCUCCAUAUCGUAACACAUAUCUGGUUCUUCAUUGUAGGACAGACAACACUACCAAAUACUCCUCAAAUACAUGGAACUCGUGCACAUUUUUUUGCCUGAACUGUGCUGCACUGUGUAGUUUGUAUACAGCUCUUUUAAAUAAGAGACGACUGCUAUAUUUAUCGACGUUGUUCGUGUCACAAGUUUAGCUCAAACUUUUUCUUUUCGUACCAAAAAAAUCUCAUGAAAUAACUUGAAUGUUACUGAUAUUUUUUUUUUCUCUCCUAUCUUCCUAUCACAUUUACUAUCACAUGACUUGCCUUCAUGAGGUUAUUUUAACGAGGAAUACGUGUUUAUACUUAGACUACACAGUGCAGCUUUAAGUAAAGAUGGGUCCUUGUUAGGGCCAGUAUUGUGUUUGCAUUGCAUUUGGGUGCAAGCUCUGGUAACAGCAUGCCUUCAGAUUAAUUUAGUAAUGUAUGUACUACUAGCAAAGUGCUAUUUAAUAGUACUGGACUUGUUUUACCUUUGAUCAACUAUAUUGAUAAUUAAUUAGGUUGCAUAACCUAACUGAAUAAUCUCCAGUGUCUUGAACUGUAUCGUCUUUUUCUUAAUUUUUUUUUUUUUUUUCCAAACCCCUCAGGAUUAUAAAAUGUUAUUUGGAAGACCUAAAUGUUGGCAACACAUUUCUUUCUAGUCCCUUUUUUAAAACACUAAAAUUGCAUGCACAAGCAUUUUGAAAGGCCUCCCGGGUCUUGAUUUGGUUGUAUGGCUAAAGAAAAAGCACAAUUAUACACAGACGGUUGCAUUUGGAAGGUUGUGGAAGGGAAGGGAAGGGGGAGCAUUGGUUGACGUCUCUUUCUGUGAUUCAGGAGUAACAUAAAUCGUAAACGAGCAUGUUGUUCAAAGGAUUUAUCCCCCACAAACUCGUACAAGCUACAUAUCAUCUUUAAAUUUCUAGAACUUAAAUUUGUUUAUUGGGGUCUUCUUUUUUUUUUGAUGGAGACUGUUUGAUCACCUUCCUUUUGGAUUACUGUACUGACUGUGAAAUUAGCCCACUCUCGUGUGUGUUUUUGUUUUUUUACUUGAAAAAACGUGACACUAUUAGUAAGCAUGUGAGUGUGUAAUGGUAGUUUUAUUUUUCUAAUGUGGCUGUAACACACUGCUAGAAGUGCAUACUUUAAUAUAUAGAUUUUUUUUUUCUUUUCUUUUUUUUUUAAAUGUGUGACAUGUCAUUUAGUUACCAUUGGAAAAAUAAUAGGGACUGUGAUUUGAGUUCUACUCUCUUUUGAAUUACUAUUAUAUGCAAGUGAGAUAUUUUUCAGGUUGCCGACUUGCCAUGACACAAUGGAGCAUUGAACCCAUUGAUUAGUACUGACAUCCCUCAAGUGUCCAUUUUUGUCUUUAUGCAGUGUCUCAUAAAUGCCUUAAAGUGAGGAUUUUGAAAUAAACACAUGGAAUUCAUUUCAUUGAAUGUCA